CCUCUGCCGGAUCCCUGGGAUCCCGUUGGAUCCGUCGCCCUAACGAGGCGUCGUUAGCGUCAUGUGCCUCCCUCCCUUCCCGCAGAUGGGUUUGCUGGUGGAUCUCUCGCCGGAGGGGACGGCGGGGGACAACGCCGGGGAUGAUGCCGCCGAGCUGGAAGCCGAGCUGCUGGCGCUGGUGGGAGGAGGCCGGGCUGCACCAGGAGAGAAGCCCAAGGGGAAAACCCCUCUGCCGAUGGAGGCGAUUGAGAGGAUGGCUGCCCUCUGCAUGAAGGACUCGGACGAGGAGGAGGAGGGUGAUGGCGACGAAGAGCUGGAAGACGAAGACGAUCUCAUGGCCGAGCUGCAGGAGGUGCUGGGUGCAGGGGAAGGGAGCGAGGAUGCGCCGGCACUGCCCGCCAAGGUACGGCGCGUCUUUUGGCAGCGCUUCUGCCGUGCCGGUGCCGGACCCGGCCCUUUGUAGCCUUCCGUGUCAUUUUCUUCAUCUCCCUGAUGGGGAAACGGUGACUCUGCGGUGUGACCGUGCCGCCCGGAGCGGGGAAAAGGCUUCCCUGGGGGGCGGGGGCAGAGCCGGGCUCCCUCUGCCGCCUCCUCGGUAACGAGCAGCGUUGGAAAAUGCGAGUGUGGGGACAGAAUUUUUUGGAAUCCGUGAGAAAUCAGUCCCCGGCAAUCCCCGUUUUAGCCGUUCCCAGGCAAUCCCGGUCU